GCUUUGCAAUAAUCGAUUAUCAGCCUUUGCAGCCAAAACCCAGAAUCUUCAGAGAGGACCAAUAAUCGAUUAUCACUUGUUGACAAUCGAUUAUCUGGGUUACCGUUGUCCUCCAACGGAUAGAAUUUUAAAUUUUUGGACAGGGAAUCUUUGGAUAAUCGAUUAUCAUGAAAGAAAUGACCUUAGAACAAUUGCUUGUUCAUCUCCGGGUCCGCGAAGAGGGUCUGGCCGGCGAGAACAAAGUAAUUGUUGCUAAGGCUAAUGUAGUGGAGCAUCCACCAAAGGAGGGUUCUUCCAAAGGGACCAAGAAGGACACAAAAAAGCUUGGUCCUAAAGGAGGCGUCACGAAGACUAAGUUCGCAGGGAAAUGCUACAACUAUGGCAUUUCAAGCCACCGUUCUUCAGAGUGUCGUAAAAAGCCUCAGAAGAAAAAGAAAUUGAAGGAAGAGGCCCUCUGCUCGGAGCUAAACUCUAUGGAUCUCUAUGCGGUCGUGGCAGAGGUCAACCUGGACGUCGCCUACGACUGGUGGAAGCACGCUAGAGAAAACAUUCCUGAUCCCGUGCCAUGGGCUGCCUUAGAACCCCUCUCCAAAGAGGAGUAUGUGUUGGAGCAUUUCAUUGAGGCCAAGCGAGAGGAGUUCCUCAAGCUCACCCAAGGUGAAAUCACCCUUUCGGAGUAUCGGCACUAGCUCGACGAGCUAGCCGAGUUUGGAAGGGAUUGGGUACAGAUGAUAGAGAAGCGCUGCAAGCAGUUUGUUGAGGGGUUUGCACCCUAAUAUCUCCGUUGGGCUUAUUAUGGCACCCUGGAAAGACAUCAAUACUGUGUACAAACAAGAACUAGAGCUUAACGUCGCCCCAAUAUAGAAAGCUGUUUGUG